AGCACACUAGACAAUGAUGAAGCUGUACAUUCGUCUCACGCCAGCAUUAAACCAUUUCCACUUUUUUUUUUUUUUUAACACAUUGGUUCUGUGAAGUUUCCACAGUGAGAAGUAGUUACAAAGUUGUAUUUGACUGUUUGUGAAAUUUGAAUUUCACUUUCAGAUUUGAAUGUACUUUGUUUUUUAAUUAUUAUUAUUAUUUUUUUAAUCAGACUCUAAAUUCGUGCUUUUAGAGUUUCUAAUCCAUCAAGUUUUUCAUCCAUCCCUUUCAACACUAUCAAUCCAGGUCUAUUGUCAAGGUCUCCCACAGCUUUCUACUUAUUCAAGUCUUACUCAUUUUAGGCACAUUUAGGCACAUUUUAGCAGUCUUUCACCUGAAAGACUGGGAAGCACAGCAGUGUAAUAUAAUAACAAAUUCUGAUCGUGCAUGUUACUGGGCAGAGCCCACCCAAGCACUUAACCCACCCAUGUCAAAAUUCUAAAUUUAUAUUUAAAUUUAAAUGCAUAAACACAGACAUAACGCCUCUGAUGUCGAAACCUAUUAACACAUGCAAUACAUAUUAUAUACAAAUCGGCCCAUCUGAGGGUUCCAGUUGUAACAUUGGUAAUUAACAUUUCAAUAUCUUCAAACUGGUUAUUAAUCAUGCAACAGGCAGUAUCCAAUUGGAAAAGCAUAGACCAUGGGGACCUCUCUGAUGUAUCGAACGUUUAUCCCAACCUUGACAUAUUCUAACCAAUUUCACUGCACGCAAGUAAUCUGUAGCAUCCUUUUAAAACAUAUUUGAAUAAUAUACAGCUGAGGAUAUGAUGCGUAGCAUAUUAUUUCUGCAUUGCGUUUUCUCUUCAGCUUCAGGCUCCCUUCCACUGCAGCUGAAGAGUUAAGAAUAACGUAAUCCUUUUUCUCAGCCUCAGCGCAGGCGUGCAUCGUGCUUGACAGCAGGGAUUAGUCUUGGGCUCUUGGCUUCUGAAAACAGCUGUACAGGAGGACCCAUAAUGCAACGCGAGCUCUUUUCUCGGUGUUCUAUUCUGGUACUAGUAGUACGUCCAUAAUAUAAUGGCAGCAGGAACGGAUUCUUGGACACCCAGAUGUGCAAUUUACUGAGACGGGGAGAAAGGGAAGCUGUAGCCAAGCCUCGAAAUGACCACCGGGUUCAGCUCCAACUCCUGCCGAUUUGCAGACUACUUCGUCAUCUGCGGGCUGGAUACCGAAACCGGGCUGGAGCCGGACGAACUCUCAGCAUUAUGCGAGUUUAUACAGGCUUCUAAAUUGAGAGAUGGGGCCGGACGUUUCACUGCGAGUGGCGAUGAAGGGGAGAAUUUUGAGCAGAGCCCUUUAAGGAGAACAUUUAAAUCCAAGGUGUUGGCUCACUACCCUGAGAAUGUGGAGUGGAGUCCUUUUGACCAAGAUGCUGUGGGAAUGCUCUGCAUGCCCAAAGGCCUUUCCUUCAGGACCCAGGCUGACAACAAAGACCCUCAGUUCCAUUCCUUCAUUAUCACCCGGGAGGAUGGCUCCAGGACUUACGGAUUUGCUCUCACCUUCUACGAGGAGGUCACCAGCAAACAGAUCUGCAGUGCCAUGCAGACCCUGUACCACAUGCACAACGCGGACCAAUAUGACAUCCUCCAUACCUCACCCAGCGCCGGGAAAGACAGCGCCAGCAACGGGACGUCCAUGACGAAACUGCAGCGGUUCAACUCCUACGACAUCAGCAGAGACACGCUGUACGUCUCCAAAUGCAUCUGCUUGAUUACGCCCAUGUCCUUCAUCCAGGCUUGCAGGAAAAUACUGCAGCAACUCCACCAAGCUGUGACUUCCCCCCAGCCGCCCCCCCUGCCGCUGGAAAGCUACAUCUUCAACAUCCUCUACGAGGUUCCCCUGCCUCCCUCCGGCAGGUCUUUGAAAUUCUCAGGUGUAUACGGACCAAUUAUAUGCCAGAGGCCAAGCACCAGUGAACUGCCGCUCUUUGACUACCCUGUUAAUGAAGUGUUUGAGCUGCUGGGCGUGGAGAAUGUCAUACAGCUCUUCACCUGCGCACUGCUGGAGAUCCAGAUACUACUGUAUUCCCAGCAUUACCAGAGAUUGAUGACGGUGGCGGAGAGCAUCACAGCUUUAAUGUUUCCAUUCCAGUGGCAGCACGUCUACGUUCCCAUUCUCCCUGCCUCGCUCCUGCAUUUCCUGGACGCCCCUGUACCUUACAUGAUGGGCUUACACUCCAACGGACAUGACGACAGGUCCAAACUGGAGCUCCCCCAGGAGGCUAACCUGUGUUUUGUGGACGUCGACAACCACUUCAUUGAACUGCCUGAGGACUUGCCGCAGUUUCCCAACAAACUGGAAUUUAUUCAGGAAAUCUCCGAGGUCUUGAUGGCUUUUGGAAUACCUCCAGAAGGGAACUUGCACUGUAGUGAAAGUGCCUCCAAGCUGCAAGGUCUCCGGUCCAGAGACAUCGCUUCUGACAAGCGCAACGGGAACGUUGCAAGCUCCCCUAUGAACUCCUGUGACCUACUGAAGGAAAACAAGACCAUAGCCAGGCUGCAGGCUCUCGUCAAAAGAACUGGUGUCAGCUUGGAGAAGCUCGAGCUGAGGGAUGAGGAGGAGGCGAGCAGCAACAAGGACCUGAAAGUGCAGUGUGACGAGGAGGAGCUCCGGAUGCACCAGCUCAACAUCCAGCUGCGAGAGGUCUUUGCCAACCGAUUCACGCAGAUGUUCGCAGAUUACGAGGUGUUUGUGAUCCAGUCCAGUCAGGACAAGGAGUCCUGGUUCAGCAACAGGGAGCAGAUGCAAAACUUCGAUAAAGCCUCCUUCCUGUCUGAUCAGCCUGAGCCGUACCUGCCUUUCCUCUCCAGGUUCCUCGAGACACAGAUGUUUGCUUCCUUUGUCGACAUGAAAAUCAUGGGCCACGAUGACGAGGAUAAGGACCCCAUCAUGAGGGUCUUUGACUCGAGGGUGGAUAAGAUCCGCAUGCUGAACGUCAGGACCCCAACGCUGCGGACCUCAAUGUACCAGAAGUGCACAGCGAUAGACGAAUCCGAUGUGCUUCUUAAAAAGAGGUUUGAGAAUAUUGAUCUGAUAGCCCCCGUACCCCAUCCUAUUGGAUUGGAGAACUAUAAGGCUCACCUUAAAAAAGCCAUAGAAAUGAGGCUGGCAAAGAUUGAUCACACUGCACUGCAUCCACAUCUCCUGGACAUGAAGAUUGGGCAGGGGAGAUAUGAACAUGGAUUCUUCCCCAAACUGCAGUCCGAUGUACUGUCUGCAGGACCGACCAGCAACAAAUGGGCAAAGAGGAGCGCUCCUGCACAGUGGAGGAGGAAGGACAGACAGAAGCAGCAUGCUGAACACCUGUACCUGGACAAUGAUCAGAGAGAGAAGUACAUUCAAGAAGCAAGAAACCUGGGAACUACAAUUCGCCAGCCAAAGCUGUCCAACCUCUCCCCUUCUGUGAUUGCUCAGACCAACUGGAAGUUUGUGGAGGGGUUGCUGAAGGAAUGCAGAAACAAGACAAAGCGGAUGCUGGUUGAGAAAAUGGGUCGAGAGGCGGUGGAGCUGGGGCAUGGGGAGGUCAAUAUCACAGGGGUGGAGGAGAACACACUCAUAGCCAGCCUGUGUGAUCUGCUGGAGAGGAUAUGGAGCCAUGGGCUGCAGGUCAAACAGGGUAAAUCUGCCUUGUGGUCCCACAUGUUGCAUUAUCAAGAAAGCAAAGAGAAAAAAGAAGCCACUUCAUUGGGCUUGAGUACCUCAGGCCUCAUCCAUGACCCUGAGAGGAGGAAAUCCGACACUGGGCUUGCAAUGCCACCACUCAAGGUCUCGCUCAUAAAGGAUAUGAGGCACGUCCAGAAUAUCAGUGAGAUCAAAACUGACGUUGGCAAGGCCAGGGCCUGGGUCCGGCUCUCCAUGGAGAAGAAGCUGCUGUCCAGACACCUCAAACAGCUCCUCUCUGACCACGAGCUGACAAAGAAACUGUACAAACGCUAUGCCUUCCUGCGGUGUGAUGAUGAGAAAGAGCAAUUCCUGUACCACCUCCUCUCGUUCAACGCAGUGGACUACUUCUGUUUCACCAACGUCUUCACAACAGUCUUGAUCCCAUACCAUGUGCUAAUUAUUCCCAGCAAGAAGCUGGGAGGCUCCAUGUUUACAGCCAACCCCUGGAUCUGUAUCUCCGGAGAGCUGUCUGAGACGGGAGUCCUGCAGAUCCCCAAAAACAACCUGGAGAUGACCUUUGAGUGCCAAAACCUUGGGAAACUGACAACAAUACAGAUUGGACAUGAUAACUCAGGGAUCUAUGCUAAGUGGCUGGUAGAAUGGGUCAUGGUCAGAAAUGAAAUAACUGGACACGCAUACAAGUUUCCGUGUGGGAGGUGGCUUGGGAAGGGAGUGGAUGAUGGAAGUCUGGAGAGAAUCCUGGUGGGAGAGCUUGUAACCCCCAGCAGUGAGAAUGAUGAGCGGCUGUGCCGGACACCACCCAUGCAGCAGUCCCCCAGCAUGAUCCGGAGAUUCGUUACUAUAUCACCAAACAGCAAACCAAAGUUAAAUACAGGGCAGAUCCAGGAGUGUGUGGGUGAAGCGAUCAAUGGGAUUGUCAAGCAUUUCCAUAAACCUGAGAAAGAGAGGGGCAGCCUAACACUGCUUCUGUGUGGGGAGUGUGGUCUGGUCUCAGCCUUGGAGCAGGUGUUCCAGCAUGGGUUCAAGUCUCCACGGCUCUUCAAAAACGUCUUUAUUUGGGAUUUAUUAGAAAAAGCACAGGUAUAUUUUGAGAGUCUUGAUCAGCAGGAAAUUAACCAAGAUGAGAACUGGCAGACGAGAGCAAGAAACUUCUGUCGAUUCAUGGGUGCCAUUAACAGAACCCCAAGGAGCAUUGGGAAGGAUGGCAAGUUUCAGCUGUUGGUGUGCCUAGGAGCCAGGGAUCACCUGUUGCACCACUGGAUUGCACUUCUCACUGACUGCCCAAUCACUGCACAGAUGUAUGAGGACAUGGCUCUGAUAAAAGACCACACUCUUGUGAACUCCCUUAUCAGGGUGCUACAGACACUGCAGGAGUUUAACAUCACUUUGGAGUCUUCUCUGGUCAAAGGCAUAUGUAUCUAGGGGGGCGUGGCUACACCAGGCACCACAACCAAUGGGAACAAUGGGGAAUCCUUCAAAUAGAAUUACGUUUUUUGUCAUGCAAGAAAGACUUCAACAAAGGACUUUUUUUUUAAAGCUACGGUAUUUUUUGUCAUAUAUAAAGUGCAAUGAGCUUUUUAAAAUGUGUAAUGUUUGUCGUGAAACAUGCCAUGCUGUUAUAAGCUUUAUAUUUUAACCCCUUACGCACUCUUUUAUGUUUACCAGUAGCUUUUGUUUUUGUGAAUUGACCAUAACAGCUGUGUUAAAAUGCAAUGUUAAUAUAUUUUAAAAAAGAACAGUAUUAUUUUAAUAUGUUUGACCAGUUGCACUAAUGUUGAAACUUUACGAUCCAAGUUAACAGUCACAGUCAGAAUGGGGAGCUCUAAGCAAAUCAGUUAGAAGUAUACUUUAUAAGUACUAAUGAUGAGGGGAUAGGAUUUUUAAUUUAUACAAAUAUGAACUGAAAAAUAGUUUUAUAUACCUUCCAAUAUAAAUGCACGGAUCUAAUGAGUUUUCAAAAUAAUUUCAGUACCCGACGUAUCUUAUUAAGCUUGCAUGUUUUAUUUAAAGCGCCGCCCAGGUAGGGAGGGCUUAGGUAGGCAGGGCAAUCCACAGUUCACCGUGCACCAGCGACCCCUGUGGCUGAUAGGGCGCCUAUAGGUCUGGUGGCUUCGCUGUGGAUCCGCAGUGCGAAAAAAUGACAGACUCGCAGGAACACGUUUCGGAGGACACAUGUUUCAGGCUCCGUUUCCCGAGUCGCCAGGGGGUUGCAGCAGUGAACCGGGAUAAAAAUAAUACUUGGAUAUUCCAAAUUGGGGAGAAAAAAAACUGGUAAAAACCAUUGGCGAAGACUAAAUCAUUUUUUUUUUUUAAAAAACCUAGAUUGAAAUAAAUCCUUGUAAAAGUGUUUUCUUCACUUUUGUCACAGUUUGGCUCGUAUAAUUUAAUAAGGAAAAACAAUUUCUUUGAUUUGGGAACCCCACGGUGUAAAAGUACACUGUUAUUUUUGUAAUGUGUUUACUGUACAGAUACCUAACCCAUUCAUUUUCCUUCUGAAAUGACUGUUUUCUGAUUCAUACACAAUACACAUUCAAAAGAUUUGGUUCAGCUUCUUUAGAAUGAGUUUUUUUUGGUGAGUUUCUGUUCACUUCUAAGUUCUCAAGCUCGUCCAGUUUACUAGUUUGUAUUCCAUGUUUCUGAACUUUUGAAUUAUGACGUAUUUCACCGACUUUCCCACUAUUUUAGGUCUAGGCCUUAAAUCUGAUUGCUGCUUGUUGCCAUUUUGCAGACCACACUCAUGGAGUUACGUAAUAUAAAAUGAUGAAUAGAUGUUUGCCUUCAAAAAGUGUUUAUAUUCUUAAAAAAAUGUACUUAAAUAAUUUAUGUACUGUAAAUAUUUGAGUUAGAGCAGAAGGCAACCUCUGUGACUGUGUUUGUCAACACAUUUAUAAAGAGACCUGAGCCUUUUGCUGCCCAUGCUAGUACUUUAAAUGCUGGGAUAUGAAGCCCUGGCAAAUUAAGCUAUGUAUUCAAUAUGGGCCCUAUUCUCACUUGGUUUCUGUACUAUUUAUGCGCUGGAAGAAGGGUUUACAGGCCCAUAUAUGGUAUUGCAUUUACCAUUCAUGGGCAUGUAAACCCUUAUUCCAGCGGGUAAACCAAGUCAGAAUAGAUCCCUAUGUGAAUAUCUACAUUACAUACACUGCCCAGGUGCUGAAGGAAAACUCCAUCAAAAGAAUGCCCCCUAUAGGAUUGUCACUGUCUGUGCUAUGCAAUACAGUUUAAAGACAAACUUGUUUUUUUGUUUUUUUUUGUUAGAAAUAAAUGCUUGGAUAAUGCUGCUAUUCUGUCUGCCUUCAAAUGGCAGAUAUUGUACCAGCUUAAAUGAUAAGUCGAUUGGAGCAUUUCUUAUCGUUAUUUUUCGAUUAUUUGUUAAUGUUUCUUUCGUCUAAUGAAGCUAUGUUCUGUAGUGUAAUAUAUGAUGUGGUUUAAUGUGUACAGUGUAUAAAAUGUAAUACAAUUAAAAAAAAAAAAAAAAAAAAAACAUGUCUGUAUGUAAAACUGUAUUGUAUAUUUUUACAUGCUGAACUUGCUCCAGUAGGUGCUGUAGAUUGCAGCUCACAAUGUUACCUGGGGGGUGGUUUUAUAGAAGGAGAUAUUUUUUAUCUUUUAACUCCUGUGGGUUCUAUCAAUAUUAUUAAUGAACUGUAGCUCUGUGCUAUAGAGAUGGUCUUCAGUAGAAACACAUGUACUUUAAACUGUCUAUAAAUAAAUUGUAAACAUUU